AUGGGAAACGACGCUCUUAACGUUAACCCCAACAUGGUUAAUGACAAGACUGCUGCCAUUGCCAUCACCGUUCGCGGUUCUGACUGGUACUGGGCUGUCUGCGCUGUCAUGACUGCUUGCACCUUCAUCUUCUUGGGUCUGGGUAUGACCAAGCCUCGCCAGCACCGUGUCUUCCACUACAUCACUGCUUCCAUCACCAUGGUCGCCGCUAUUGCCUACUUCUCCAUGGCUUCCAACCUCGGCUGGACUCCUAUCGACGUCGAGUUCCGCAGACCCAACAUGGCUGAGGUCCGCGGUAUCAACCGUGAGAUCUUCUAUGUCCGCUACAUCGAUUGGUUCAUCACCACUCCUCUCCUUCUCCUCGACUUGAUGUUGACUGCUGCCAUCCCCUGGCCCACUCUUCUCUUCAUCAUUCUCGUUGACGAAGUCAUGAUCGUCACUGGUCUCGUCGGUGCCCUCGUUCGCAGCUCCUACAAGUGGGGUUACUUCGUCUUCGGCUGCGUUGCUCUCUUCUACAUCAUCUGGGUUCUUGUCUGGGAAGGUCGCCGUCACGCCAACGUUCUCGGCAAGGAUGUCGGCCGCUGCUUCACCAUGUGCGGUUCGCUCACCGCUCUCCUCUGGAUCCUCUACCCUAUCGCCUGGGGUGUCUGCGAGGGUGGCAACGUCAUCUCGCCUGAUUCCGAGGCUGUCUUCUACGGUAUCCUCGACUUGAUCGCUAAGCCUGUCUUCGGUGCUCUUCUUAUCUGGGGCCACCGUGGCAUUGACCCCGCCCGUCUUGGUCUUUACAUCCACGACUACAACGAGAAGGACCCUGCUGUUAAGGACAAGGUCGGCGCUCCUGGACCUAACGUCCACCCUAACACCAACAACGGUGUUGCUACCGACGGCCAGGCUGCCCAGACCGUCUAA